AUGGCUUUCUUCGGUUUAACACAUUUGGGUUGUCAAAACCCGAUCGGCGAUAAGUUGAUAGUGAGUCCCAAAGGAGCGUCUCCGCCUCCGGAUGGUGGGGUUAACAUCAGGGAAGGACUGCCUCCAUCUCUACAGGAACAGCAGGGCCCCACGUGUAUGGACGUGUGCAACGUGUACCACCAGCCACUGGCCUACGGCACCGACAUACACCAAGGAAGCCAUGAGCGAUACAAGGAGAUGGUCAAACGGGUUCAAACACCCAGAUCCCCUAACCAGCUGUACAUUAUGCCUCUGACGGACAGCCAGCAGUACGGAUGGUUGAUGUCCAAGAGUCCUGCACCGUGGACACAAGUCAAAAGGUUUCCCCGAAAGAACAGUGACAUGACCAAGUUUGUUAAAGAAAUGUCAGUGACAGACCGGGAGUUCAGCCUGUUCUGA